AGCGACGGAUUUUUAAAAUAUUAGCGACGGAAUUUAUUCCGUCGCUAAUCCGUCAGAAAAUGCAAAAAAAUAUUUAAAAACCUAAUCCAUCUCUUUCGGGACUCUUUUUGAUUUCAGCCACCAUUUUCCUCUCCUCUCUUCUCCUCUCUUCUCCUUAUCGCUCCAUCCUUCUUCUUGCCGCCGUCGCCGUCGCCGCCUCCGUCGCCGCCGCCACUGUCGUUCCCGGGCUAUCGCGCGUUGCUGCGCCUCUCUGUAGCUGUUGCUGUUGCCGCGGCUGUGCCGCCAUUGCUGGAGCUGCCACCGCUGCCGCCACCACCGUUGCCACUCACCGCCGUUGCAACUGCCGAUCGUCGCCACUCCAUAAUAUAUUUAUCAUGUCGGUAGAUCGUAGAUGGAUGUAUGAGCGACUAGAUGAAAAUGGCUUUCUUAAUUCUGAAUUUGAGAUUGGGGUGGAGACAUUUCUAAACUUUGCCUAUGCACAAGUACAGUUUAUAUGCCAAGAUAAAAUUCGUUGUCCAUGUUCUAAGUGUCAGAAUAGGAAAUUUCAGAAUAGGCAAGAUGUUACUUAUCACCUUUGCAAAAGUGGAUUUGUUGGAGGAUAUACUAAGUGGAUUGCGCAUGGUGAAUCUAUCACUCAUGAAAUAAAUUCUGAACAACUUGAGGAACAAUCUACUGAUUAUCUUGCUACAACCAACAAUGUCAAUGAUUAUAGAAGCAUGGUCAUGGAAGCAAUGGAUAUAAAUUAUGGUACAGUUGGAGUUGGUAGUUCUGAAAUGGGCAAUCGAACCAUGGAGCCGAACUUAGAAGUUUCAAAAUUCUAUGAAUUAUUACAUGGUGCGGAUGUGCCAUUAUGGGAAGGCUGCAAUAAUCAUACCAAGUUAUCUGCUGUAUCUCAAUUGCUGAACUUAAUGUCAUAAUUUCACAUUAGUCAUAGUUGUUUUAAUAAGUUUAUGGGAACGGUAAAAAGUAUGCUACCAGAAGGAAACCUCUUACCAGAUAAUUUUUAUAAUACGAAGAAGAUGAUGUCCACUCUAGGCCUUGGUUAUACAAAAAUCGAUGUUUGUGUAAACAAUUGUAUGUUGUACUUUCAAGAAAAUAUCGACAGAACAUCAUGUACAAUAUGUGGUCACCCUCGAUAUAAACCAAUACAAUCAUUUAUGGGGCGACGAAAAAAGAGACCAUUUAAAGUGUUGCGAUAUCUACCUUUGAUUCCUAGACUCCAAAGACUUUUUAUGUCAUCCAAAACUGCUCUGCAUAUGGUUUGGCAUGCUUCUAACCAACAUGUAGAUGGUAGUAUGGUGCAUCCUGUUGAUAGUGAGGCAUGGAAACAUUUUGAUCGCACCCACUCUUGGUUUGCAUCUGAUCCAAGAAAUGUUCGGCUUGGAUUAUGUACUGAUGGAUUCAAUCCUUUUGGGCAACGGUCUAAACCGUAUUCUUGUUGGCCCG